AUGUUUCCAAGUGUUGAAUCGUUGCUGAUGUUAGCUUUACUGAGUAUCGAGCGUUAUAUAGCUAUGAAAUACUCACUUAGAUAUUCUAGCCUGGUGACCACACCUAGAUUAACGAUUGUUGUAUUUUGUAGUUGGAUUAUUUCAGUUAUUCCUGUAAUUUUUCAUCCAAUACCAGCCACACAUUUAUUUGCCAAAUGGUUUAUUUAUGUAACCGUCAUGCCAUCCAUUCUAAUUAUCGUAUAUUGUCAUACAACAGUAUAUUUUGUUUCACGCCGACAUAUGAAGCGGAUAAAAACAGAACAGCUUCCAAGCGAAGGGAAGACUAAAUUCUUAGAGGAAAGGAAAGCCUUUAAAACCACAAGUAUAAUUAUCGCCCUCGUGUUUCUUUCGUACGUGCCAAUACUUACGUACGGAAUAUUGAAAGAUAUCUUGCGCGAUAUAGUUUUGUCUUGUGUUUUUCUAAACUCGCUUCUUAAUCCCAUUGUUGACUGCUGGAGAAAGAAAGAUCUCCGUGAAGUUAUAGUGGAACUGCUUCACAUCAGACAAAAUGGAGGGGGAUAA